AUAAAAAAUAAAAUAUAUAUAAAGAUAUAAAUAAUAUACAUCGUCAGAACCGAAUUCAGAGAGCCGCGCUAAACAGAAAAACUUGUCAGCUUUUCUGAGAAAUUCUACUUAACUCAAAGCAUUUUAAUAGGAGUGAAGCGUCCUUCAACCACCACCGUAGGCUGGAGGACUGUUAAAGCAAAAUCAUUUCAACAUGACUGAUCCAUCUAUUGGCUCAUCGUCCCCGAAUUGGGCGAGUCUUAUCUCUAAUGGAAUUAUACCCACCUUUGUAGUAGGUGAGGUUCCGCCAAACAAUGUUCAAGUUCCUACUAGUACGGGUCCAUCUUCGGAGGCGACACGGGAUCUACCGCUGCUGAUGAGCAGCUUGAGUGGCCAAAUGUCGCCCUAUGCGCCGGUUUUCCAUCCCAUGGGCUCAUAUGCAUCACAUCUGCUGGCUCUGGAGCAGGCGGCUCAAAUAAACCCGCAAUCGCUGCCACCACCGCCGCCGCGUCCCAUGGAUCCGCACCUAGAAGACUACUAUGACAGGGCGCCCGUGCCGGAGGUCUUCACCUACAAUAAUCCGCAUCAAGUUCAGGCGCAUUUGUACCCGAGCGAGUUCGGCGAGAACGGUGGCGUGAAUGGCUGUACAGUGGACCUCACCAUUAGGGUGGCGCCGAGCCCCCGCGCCUUCCCGCCCAGCCAACGAGCACGCGGCAACUGGCACGAGCCGCCAAAUCGGGAGUAUUGGCCGGAGGUCGAUCAGCAAAACGUUCAAGUGCCCGUGCAGCGACUAAUGCAUCCCCAAAUGCAUGUGCAAGUGCCCCAUAUGUCCGGCCAAAUGCCGGGCCAUAUGCCGGUGCAAAUGCCGGCCCACAUGCCGGUGCAAAUGCCAGUUCAGAUGCAGUCGCAUAUGCCGGUCCAAGUGCCUGUCCAAAUGCCAGUUCAAAUGCAGCCUCAAAUGCUAAUCCAGGUGCAGCAGACGCCGCAGGGCCAUGAGUGCUGGCGAGAUGUGGAGCAGCAGAUCGCUGGACAGCGCGAGCAAGUGCAUGGCCGCCAGCUUGGACCCGAUAUGGAGCAUCAGGGACCAGCAAUGCAGUCCCAGUCCCAGUCCCGUCACGAAAUACUACCUGAAACUGAGAUACAACCACCGGCCCGCGAGUUUUGGCAAGACAUCGAACCGGCUAAUCCAGCAGCUGAGGCGCAACUCUACCCACAGCACCAGCAGCACCCACUAGCAACUCGUGAGUGCUGGCACGAGCUGGAGCGACCCUCGCCUGAUGUGCCGCUCCAGGUGCAAGCACAGAUGCCACCGCACCACCUGCACUUCUGGCAAGAUGUGGAGCAGCAGCAGAACGAUGUAGGAGCACCACCAUUGCAGAAUCAUCGAGUGCCGUUGCCUCGUGAGUGUUGGCGUGAUGUGGAUCAGCAGGGCAACGAGUUCGAGGCGCAUGUGGUGCCGCCACAAGCCGAGUAUUGGCGAGGAGUGGAUCAGAUUGUCGCAACUGUUGCUCCGCACCAACAUGCGCCACCGCCGCCGCCGCCGCCACCACCGCCGCCACCGCCAGCACAACCACAACCACAAUCAUCUCAACCAUCGCAAGCAGCACAACCACCCCAACCAUCACAGCCACCACAACCACCACAGCCGCCACAGCAGCACAUUCAGGCGCUGUCCCGCGAAAUCUGGUGCGAUGUGGAGCAGAAUGCCACAGUGGCUGCACCACACACACAGGGACCGCCACUGCCGACUUCCUAUGAUUACUGGCGGGACAUUGAGCAGCUGAUCGCUUCAUAUGCCGCUCAAUCAACGCAGUCCCAAACACAGGCGCAGGCCACGGGCGCAGCUGCACCCAGCAGCUGGCAGAAUGUGGAAGAGCACGGCGUUGCAGGGCCGUGCAUGACGACACUGCCUCGGGACUAUUUGGGCGACGCUGAGCAGCAGUUGGCAACGAAUAUGCCACAGUUGACGCACGGACAGACGCCGAUGUGGUGGCCCCCGAACGGACAGCAUGCCACUGCCGACACAGCCCAGCCGCCGGCUUCAGGCAAUUGGUUGCCCGAAGCCAUCUCGAAGAUCCCAAGGUCGCACGCACCGGCCGAAAACACAGAAGAACGAAUUCAGCAGCACCAGCCACAGGCACCUUCGGUACGUGAGUGGUGGCCCACUGAACACGCCGAGGCGCAGCAUCCGCAUAUCCACUGGUGUCCGGAGAACGAGCAGAACGCCAUGUCUGCACAGGCACACGUCCAUCCACUGCCAGCAACCUGUGAAUACUGGAAUGACAUAAAUCAGGAGAACCAGGCACAAGCUACGAUGCCAGCACAACCUGCUGCAGCCCCAUCCAAUGAGUGGUGGGCAGAGGCGGCGGAGCAUAAGACGGCAACAACUCAAGCCGUCCCAUCCUAUCACAAUAUAUGCCUCGAGAAGGACCAGCCGGCUCAUGUGCAGCCGUCUCAUGUGCAGCCGUAUGCGGAAGUGGAGCAGCAGCAGCGACAACAGCAGCAGCAGCAGCAGCAGCUGCAGCAGAAACUGGAACAUCAGCAGCAGGCGCCGCCACCGCCGCCACCCCCGCCACCGCCUCUGCCUCAAGCGUCAGCACCACAGCAAGCAAUAGUACCUAUACCACCGCCACCGCCGCCACCACCACAAUCACAAGUGCCCACUCCACCACAAGUGCCCACACCACCGCAAGUAUCUGCAUCCCAAGUGUCUACAUACCAAGUGCCCGCACCACCACAAGUAUCUACAUCCCAAGUUCCCGCACCACCACAAAUGUCUACAUUCCAAGUGCCCGCACCACCACAACAGGUGCUUACACCACCACAGAAGGUGCCCGCACCACCACAGAAGGUGCCCACACCACCACAGAAGGUGCCCACACCACCACAGAAGGUGCCCACACCACCACAGCAGGUGCCCGCACCACAACAGCAGCUGCCCGCACCAUUACAGCAGAUGGCAGCACCACAACAGAUGCCCGCACCACCACAGCAGAUGCCCGCUCCACCACAGGUGCCCGCACCACAGCAGAUGCCCGCACUACCACACACACCUACAGCUCCACACCCGCCAGUACCUCCACAACCGCCAGCACCACCACGUGAGUGGUGGCAAGCAGCUGCGUUUACGCCGCAGGAACAGGCACCGCUACAGUCGCUGCAGCCAGUGCAACCGGUGCAGCCACGCAGCAUUGAGACGGGCGUCGACUGGGUGCCCUACUCCUAUGCUGCGCUCAGCAUGCCCCAAGCCAUAUCAGAGGCAAAGGCGGAUAUGGUCUCAUCUGGGGAAGAUCAGAAGACUGAAUGCACGGCAACAUCAGCUCCGAAUUCUGGCAGCAGCAGCAGCAACAAUAACAACAACAACAACAGCAGCAGCUGCGAUUCGCAAGGCGGCGACUUUCCAUCCUUUGAGGAUUUUGCUAGGCAGGUGAGCGAAUGCAGCCUGUCCAGCUCGGAAUAUAUUGCCACGCUGCGAAACCUUAUGAUACGCGCCCAUAACCUGAUGCUACCUCUGCUGCGCGGACGCUUCGCCAACAUGACCCAGGUCCAGAUGGCUGCCUACACCACGGCAAUCCUAGAGGUAACGCCGCUGCAUCCAAGUCUGUUUUUGCCCUCGAGCGUGGCCCGUCCCUGGAUGGGCAGCGGAGGGCUCUUGCCACCCUGCCAUCCCCACAGCCUGACACCUCAGGAUCUGGCGCGCAUUAAUCCGCGCCCGAUGAUGGUCAGUGUGGGCACACAGACGGACUACCAUUGCUGGUGCAUGCACAUAAGCAUGUACCCGCCGCCGCCGUUGCAUGGGCCGCCGCCGCCGCCGAGACCGCAGGCCAAUCCGGGACCACACUUUGCCGCGCCGAAUGGACCGCGCAUGAUGGCGCCUUGCGGCACGGCUCCGUUGAGUUUCUGGGGCCGACCCAUAGUGCCCAUGCAUCCACACCCUUAUCCACAUGCCCACCAGAUGCCACGCCCGCAUGGCUCACGCUACGGCUACCGCAUCAACACCUACAGUGUGCCUUGUCGCUUCAGUCCCGCCGGCAACGGGCGCUCCCGCCACAUGAACACCAUGUACGGCUCGACCAUGCAUCCGCAGAACCACCAGAGCGAGGACAAUGCCAGCACGGACAGAAGCUCCAAUCACUUUAUGGAUCAGCCACCGCCGCCGCCGCCGCAGCAGCAGCAGCAGCGACAACAGCAGCAGCAACAGCCGCCGCCGCCGCAGCAGCAGCCAGAGGAAGUGGAGCCGCCGCUUUUUUGCAGCCCGCCGUCCAAUAUAUCGGUGCUUCGUCUUAGUCCUUCCAGCCACAAUCGCCAAAUGGAAUUACAGCAACAGGAGCAGCAGCAGCAGCAUGAACAGCAGCUGCUGCUGCAGCAAGAUCAGACCACCAGCUCGACCGGCAGUCAGUCGAGCUCGCCGGUGCUACGCUCGGACCAAUACUCGCGUCGCUGCUUGCAGAGCACCUCUUCCGGCAGCCAGUCCAGCUCGCUAAGUCCCCGUUCCUCCAGCCACAGCUCGUCGAUCAUCAGCAACAACGACAGCGACGCCGAAGACUUCGACGGCCACGAGAAUGUGAACGACAAUGAGAACAGCAAUGCCAAUGACAUCGGCAACGUCGUGGAAGCUGUGGUGAACGUGGAGACCAGCAGCAGCGAGCAGCCCACUGGCACUGCCACAAAUCCGCUUUUGCCAAGUGCGGACAUGGACAAUGGAGAAUCAAUUAACGUGAGUUCACAAAGUGACUCGGCCUCGCCGCUUUCGCAGAACGGAGAGGGCGAGAACGCAGAUGCUCAGGUGACAGCCAGUCGAAUGGCCUUGAAGCCGGCGAACAACAUAUUCCUGCAGCCCACAGGACCGGUCAUGCCCAGCAUGCCGAUGAUGCACUUUCUGAUGGCGCAGAAUGGACCUCAAGCCGAAAUGCAGCCCAUGAUCUUUGAUAUGAACGACAAUAUCAGUCCGAAUGUUAACUAUGCCCAGUUUUUGCCGAACAUCAAUAUGAACAUGAACAUGAAUAUGUUCAACGGGCCAAUGCCCAAUCCCAUGCCCAACGUUCAUGUCAUGCCCCCCGAUAUGGCGGCCAAUUACUGUCAGAUGGGGCCGGAGGUGGCCAUGAUGAAUACGGCCAUGAUACUGCCCUACUCCUCCUAUAAGAAUCCGAACGAGCCCUACCCACCCAUGGACAUGCACGAUGCCAUGAAUAUGAAUAUGAACAUGAAUAUGAAUAUGAGCAUAAAUAUGAAUGAGAACUACAAUGGAGCUAAUGCCACCCUAAUGAGCAUUCCCAUCGACGAUGCCAACCCGAUGUUGAAUCCCAAUGUCUAUUUGGCCAACGAUAUGCUGGUCACGACAGCCAACGAUAGCAACAUCAACGAGUGCCACGGCCACAAUGAGGUCGUCUACACCACUGCUGAUCACAGCAAAGAGACAAAUAUCAAUCAGGAUCUUCUAACCAACGAAUGUGAAUCAAUCAACCAGGUCACAUCUGCUGCACAGCCAGAAGAGAACUAGAGAUGCUCACUCGUAUACACUCGAUCACGCACACCCGCACACUCCUCACACACACAUCGUUACGCCCACUCGUAUAAAGCAUAUAUGUUACCAUUGCUUAACCACCUUCGACACCGAUUUAUCAAACAAUUAAGUUCAACAAAUGAUUUCAAAUCACAUCGUUAAUUUACAGUUACUUUCCUCUCAAACACACACACACACUGACACAUAUAUGUGUAUAUCUAUA